AUGCCAGAUAUAAUUUAUACUCUUAAUUAUGUACCAGGACAAUUUGAUGAUACACCUGAAAAUGAACAAGAUGAACAACGAAUAACUUGCGGUACAUUAUCCGGAUCAAUAAAAUAUCAACAAGGUCCUUCUGAAGGAAGUUCAUUAUCAGCUGGUAGAGGUGUAUCUGAUGAAGCUAAAAAAAAAAAUGAAGUUUCAGAUGGUAAAUUAUCCGUUUUUUGUCAAGAUGGGCAACAAAAAAAAACUCUUGGUGAUAAACAAAAAAAUAGUGAUAAAUCAGAUCGUGCUACUGUAGAGCAAGUGUUAGAUCCUCGAACGAGGAUAAUUCUUUUUAAGAUGAUUAAUCGCAACGCAAAUGUUUAUCAUGCAAUAACAGAAGAUGGAAAUCAUAGGGCUAUAAAAGUUUAUGAAACUUCAAUUUUAGUGUUUAAAGAUAGAGAUCGUUACGUUACGGGAGAAUUUGGAUUUAGACAUGGUUAUAGUAAACAUAAUCCAAGAAAAAUGGUCAAAUUAUGGGCGGAAAAAGAAAUGAGAAAUUUAAAGAGAUUAUGGCAAGCUGGUAUUCCAUGUCCCGAACCUCUUGUUUUAGGGCUACAUGCUCUAGUAAUGAUUUUCCUUGGAGAUAAAAAUGGAUGGUACGUCAAAGAAAUUUGUUUUCGAGAUCUUUCAAAUGUCACAGAAUAUUUCAAAAGAAAAGGUGUAAGAGUUAUUGGAGAAUUAUUUGAUUUUAUUACUGAUAUUAACAUUGGAUUAGAUGAUGAGCAAGUUGAGGCCGAGCUCGAUAAGAUUCAAGAAAGAUUAGCUUCCCAACAGGAAUUAUCAAUUACGUUAAAUGAGGAUAUUGAUAAAAUGUCUAAAGAUUUGGUUGAUGAAGAGGUUUUCAAGAAAGCCUUUAUUCCGAGAACCUUGAAUGAUGUAUUUUAUGUUGAAAGAGAUACUUUGAAAGUUUCAAAAGACGAAGGUGAGGAUCUGAAAAAAAUACCAAAUGAAAAUGAAGUAAUGGUAAAGUCAGAAAACGUUUCAUCUAUUUCUACUAAAGAUGAUGAAGAUGAUGAAAGUGAAGAGGAUGAUUAA